AUUUUAACAAACGUCCCUCCAAUUUUGAAUUACUGUUAUCUUUCCCCCAAUUUUUCGGAUUACAUCAUGCCCAACAUGGAAUUUCAAGGGCACAGAGGUUUGCAAAAUCCUAAGGCCAUGCUUGCUUCUUUGUUGGGUAAGAGACAAAAGCUUCAGGAAGAGCUUCGGAGUGUUGAAAAACAGGGAAUACCGGAUAAGAGAGUACAUGACAAUUAGAUUUGCUGUUGUGACUUCAAUUAUUAGGUCUCUUGCAUAGGGUGAUUCAGAAGAGAAACAUAAUGUAGCGGAAGUUAAUAACUGAGAAGUGAGAAUGUGGUUACUCGAGGUGUACGAGUUAGAGACAAGUUAUCUACAAGAAACAAGCAAUUUCGGAAAUGCCUUCAAAGGUUUCGAAGGUUUCCUUUCAUCAUCAAAAAACUCAUCCAAUCUGAAAAGAUCCAAGAAGUUUCAACUUGAAGAUAGAGUGUUCUCUUUGUCUUCCGUCACUUCACCUGCGACAGAAGAGCUUGGGCUAGGUCCUGAAGACGGCAGAACAGAUAUUGGACAAGUUCGACCAAAGGGUGCUGGCAUAUCCAUCACUGGACCAGGAAAGCCAAAGAAGGGAAGACCGGGACCAAGAGAUGGGAAGAAAAUUAGGCUCACAAACGACGCUGAUCAUGAUGCGGAAGACGACCAUGAUUGA